AUCCGAGUUCAGAAGUCACGUUUCCGGAAGCAGGUGCAGUAAAGAAAACAGUGAAUCCCCACAUGUGCAGAACAGCAGCCUCCAGGAGUUGAUGCAAAACAUUAAAUUUGUGAGAUUUUACAGUUUUCGGCGCGUGAACGCGCGGGGGUUCAUGUCCCGUGCCGAGGCGGCUCACGGACUCAGGCUGUUGUAGUGGCGAGGAAACAUCAUGGAGGAAGUGAUAAAGUUACCGGAGAGCAAGGAGAGGCGUGCGGCCAAGCAGAAGAGGGCUGCCCCGGUGAGGCCGGACCUGGAGCAGGAGGAGGCGAAGCGGCAGAGGAACGUGGAGACUCUGGCGGUGCUGGGGGAGGCGGACGGCUCGGUGAGGCUGCUGGAGGAGCUGGUGUUCGGAGCGGAGGACGAGCUGCUGGACAGACUGGUGGAGGACAAGGACCAGCAGAGAGCAACGCUACUGGACGACAAAGAUGACUCCAGCGAAUCAGAGGCUGAGAACGAGGCUCGCCUGGAGGUCCCGCCCACGAGGAAAGCCGCCUGGGUGGACGAGGAUGACGAGCUGGAGGAAGAGGUCGACAUGACUCAUCGUUUCCGCAGAGAUCUGGUCAAAGGAGCAGCAGAGGCGACGAUGUCCAAACAGAAGCUGCAACAGAGGAUGAAGGACCAGUUCCAGAAGGCGAUGGGAGGAACUCCGUCAUGGGCGGAGAUCAAAGUCAAAAAGAAGGGCAAGAAGAAAGCUGAGGAGGACGACGACGACGAGGAGGAAGAUGAAGAUGACGACCUGCUGAGGAAGACGGGGAACUUUGUGGCUUCCUCUGACAGUCUGCCUGCUGGGAUCCUGCAGAUGAAGAGGUGUCUCCACGCCAACAGCGCCCGUCCGUCAGACGACAAACUGACCACCGUGCAGUUCCACCCGUCCGCUCAGGUCGUCAUGACAGCCGGCCUCGACCAAUCAAUCUCCCUCUUCCAGGUGGACGGGAAGACGAACCCGAAGAUCCAGAGCAUCCACCUGGAGCGUUUCCCGGUGCACAAAGCCCAGUUCAGCCGCGACGGGGAGAAGGUGGUGGCCACCAGCCUGAAGAACAAGAUGUUCUACCUGUACGACAUGAUGGAGGGGCGGGUGCAGCCCGUCCACACCGUCAGAGGUCUGAACGAAGCCCGAGUGAAGGAGUUCUCCGUCUGUCCGGAGGGAGACUCUCUGCUGCUGACGGGGACCAGCGGGUACCUGCACGUCCUCACGCUCAAGACCAAAGAGGUGGUUCGCAGUAUGAAGAUCAACGGUAACAUCAGUGGAGUCGCUUUUUCUCACGACGGCAGCAAAGUCUUCACCAACUCUGAGGAGGGGGAGGUGUAUGUGUGGGACAUGCGCAGCAGUCGGUGUCUUAACAGAUUCACAGACGACGGCUGUGUGAGGGGAACGUCCAUCGCUGCUUCCAGAAACGGACAGUACCUCGCCUGCGGCUCCCAGUCGGGCGUGGUCAACAUCUACUCGCAGGAGGCGUGUCUCAGCUCGACCAAUCCCAGGCCUCUGAAGGCGGUGAUGAACCUGCUCACCACGGCGACCUCGCUGACCUUUAACCCCUCCUCAGAGAUCCUGGCCAUGGCCUCGCGGGCCGACGACGAGGCCGUGCGGCUGCUCCACCUGCCGAGCUUCACCGUCUUCUCCAACUUCCCGCUGUCCAAGAAGAAGAUCGUCCACCGCACCAGCUGCCUCGACUUCUCCCCCAACAGCGGCUUCUUCUCAAUGGCCGACAACAAGGGCCGCGCCCCCCUCUUCAGGCUGCUGCAUUAUAAGGAUUUCUGAGGAGGAGGAAACCUUUUCCAGUGACGUCGGUGCAGCUGAGCGAGUCAGAGCAAGGCAGUGAUGCCUUGCCCAAGGUUCACGGUUCAAUUCCCACUUCCACCACUUGUACUGGAAACGUCUGCGCUCACGUUACAGAGGCGUUUGGAUUAAAGCGUCGACCAGAUUGUGAUGAAAAUCCCUGUAAAAUGUCUGUGCACCAGCGGCUCCCUUUUCCACCUGCAUUCAUGCAUCAUCUGUGAUCGGACUGAGCAAAAAUUUUAAAAAAUAAAUAAAAAAUCCAAAGUUACGCCGUUUACAGACCCUGUUAUCACACUGUAAUGCAGUCGGUUUACAUUAAAUUAUGUCCUUAGGCAACUUCUAGAUCAGCUGAUUGCUCAUCUUCUAAUUUUCGAUGCUGUAACGUGUCUCGAGAACAGAAGACAGCGACAGAUUAAGCUUCGCUGUCGACAACAAAUCACAGCUGCCGCGUUUGUUUACUUCUGUGAAGCCGAGGCGUCAUCAGAGAAUCUGCCGAGCGGCCAAUCAGGCGUCUCGCAUCAGAUCCAGGAGCGAGAGGCAGAUCCAGACCUCAGGAAUUCAUUACAUAAUUCAGAAAUGUGGGCGUUUGCGACGCACGAGGGACCGAAGCAGCUGAAAUCAAACACGUCUUCAGUUCAUGGACUGAAACCAGGCAAACGGACCUCGACGGCUAAUUCUUCUUUUAGCAGAACUUGAUAAACUCGCAGCCUCCCGCUCUGCCUGGCAUGACUUUCAGAUUUCCAGAUUUUUCAAGGCGAUCUCUUCUUGGUUUGAAAAACAAGGAAAAAAAAAAAGAAGGUAUUGCAGGAAGCAGCAGGUGUGAGUGGAUUCCAGCCAAAAGAAAUCUGAAAAAAAAAUAAAUAAAUAAAAAUAAGAAUGCAAACCACUUUAAUGCAGGUGCAAAAGGGGCGUUUAGAUUUGUAACGAGCUUCCGCAGACUAAACACUUUCCACAAGAGUCGCCAGAUCCCAGCUCUGUAUCUCCCCAGGUGUGUCUUUAUAUUGUUUUCUUUUUUUUUUUUUUUUAAAUCAAAUUAUUGUAUAAAUGAACGAAUGCAUUGUG